AUGUUGGAGGGCGUCGUUGCAAACCUGCUCAACCGCUUCCUGGGCAUGUACGUCAAGAACUUUGACGCCAAACAACUCAACAUUGGCAUCUGGUCUGGCGAUGUCAAGCUUCACAACCUCGAGCUGCGAAGAGAGGCCCUGGACCAGCUCCGUCUGCCCCUCAACGUCGUCGGUGGCCACCUCGGCCAGCUGACCCUGUCCAUCCCGUGGUCGAACCUGCGAGGGAAGCCCGUCAGGGUUGAUAUCGAGGAUGUCUUUCUUUUGGCGGCGCCCAGGGAAGAUGUGGACUAUGACCCAGAGGAGGAGGAAAAGAGGACGCACGCCAUCAAGAUGGAAAAGCUGGAAAGCGCAGAGCUCCUGAGGGAGCGGAACACGGAGGGUAUGAGCCAAGAGGAACAACGCCGGAACCAGAGCUUCACGCAGAGUUUUAUUACGGCCAUUGUCGAUAAUCUGCAGAUCUCGAUCAAGAACGUCCAUUUCCGGUACGAGGAUUCGAUCGCUUCCCCUGGCCAUCCCUUUGCCGUCGGUGUCACGCUGAAGGAGCUGAGUGCGGUCAGCACCGAUUCUGAGUGGAACCCUACCUUCAUUCAGUCUACAUCGGGCACAACGCACAAGCUGGCUGUUCUGGGCUCCCUGGCCGUUUAUUGGAAUACCGACGCCGAGCUGCUGGGAACCGGUCGCGGCGCAGACAUUGGAGCCGAGGCCCAGGGAAUCAGCUAUGAUGAGCUGAUGUCGAAGCUCAAGGAAGGCAUCGAGCUGGAUGAGAGAAACCAGUACAUGCUUCGUCCCGUCAGCGGUCGCGCCGGUCUGGAGAUGGAUAAGACCGGGAAGCUAGACCGUCCCAGGAUAAAGGCACGCCUUCUAUUUGAUGAGCUGGGCUUCGUCCUGGAUAGUGAUCAAUACCGUGACAUCUUGAUGUUAGUGGAUCUGUUCCAUUACUUCAUUCGUCACCAGGAAUACAGGAAACUCCGGCCCGCAAGAAGUCCAAAGGAGGAUCCUCGAGCCUGGCUGAAGUUUGCUGGCAACGCCGUUCUGAGUAAGAUUCAUGAGCGGAACCGCCGAUGGACCUGGGACUACAUUAAGGAACGAAGAGAUGACCGAAUUGCUUACAUCACUCUGUUUAAGAGGAAGAAGAGAGGGGAGACGCUAUCCCCUGACGAGGCGGCGGAAUCGGAUCGACUCGAAAGAAAGUAUAGCUACGAAGACCUUCGGUUCUGGCGAUCGCUGGCAAGGAAUCAAUUGCGAAAGGAGAACGUCGGGGUGCAGAAGCCAGCCCGACAGCAAACCUGGUCUGAGUGGAUCUGGGGCUCCAAGAAGCAGGAGGACGAUACCACCAUGACAGAGGAGCAGCGCCAGGAACUCUACAAUGCCAUUGACUGGGACGAGAAAAAGGCCCUUGCGGAAAGCGUUGAACUGCCCCGAGAGUCCGUCAAGAUUCAAGUCAAUUGGAGUCUCCGCGCGGGUAGCUUGACUUUGAAGCGUGAUCCGCACGGUGCCGCGACUGAGAUCAUGAAGCUGGUGUUUGAUAAAUUCAGGGCCAAGGCUCUGCAGAGGCCGGAUUCUUUCUUCGUGGACUUGGAACUAGGGGGCUUAAGAGUCUACGACGGAACCACCCAGGGCAGCCUCUUCCCUCAGAUUGUCCGAGUGAAGGACUCGCUCCCCGAACCCAAGGAUAGCGAUUCCGAAGAUUCAGAAGCUCAGUACCUCGAUGCUGAGGAAAUCACUAAAUAUGUGGAUGAAGAAGACAGUUUGUUCCAUCUCCAGCUCGAACAGAAUCCACUUGACAGUGACGCCGAUUCGGCCAUAAAAGUUAAGCUAAAGAGUAUCGAGGUUAUUUACAAUCCAAAAUUCCUCGUGGAAGUUGUGCGCUUCUUCAAGCCUCCGGAACGGCAUAUGGAGUCUAUCGGAGCCCUUCUCGACACCGCAGGUGCUACGGUGGAGGAGAUCCGACAACAGACUCGGGCCGGCUUGGAGUUUGCGCUGGAAGAGCACAAAAAAGUGGACGCCCACUUUGAUCUCCAAGCGCCUCUUAUCAUCGUUCCAGAGAGUAUUACGAGAGAAAGCUCUAUGUGCUUGAUCCUCGAUGCCGGUCAUAUCAGUGUCAACAGUGAGUUGGUCGACAGAGAGACCAUGAAGGAGAUUCAGGCCAAGCAGAAGAGGCAAUAUAGCGAAGAAGACUACAAGCAGCUUGAGGACCUCCUGUACGACAAAUUCCUCAUCAAGCUCGACUCGACCCAGGUGCUUAUUGGUCCCGGGAUCGAAGCAACCAAGUCACAGCUUACUUCUGAUGUGCCUUCGAAGAACUUCCACAUCAUUGAUCGUAUCAACGUUGACUUUGUCCUCGAGCUCUGUAUCGUCCCACAAUCAACGGAGCUUACGCGAACGCGGGUUUCUGGCCAUCUUCCGGAGCUGCAUGCGUCCAUGUCGGACAAGAAGUACAAGAAUUUGAUGAAGUUGAUCGACAUUGCCAUCCCGCGUUUUGAUGAAGAAGAUGAAGAGUCGAGUUCCUCGUCAAAGGAUCCAUCCGAAAAGCCAGCGGAUAAGACCACGGCUGUCGCUAAUAGAGCGCGAUCAUCUUCGUUCCAACCGUCGAGUACGAGAGAAAUUCCGCUUGUCGACGUGGAUUCCGAUGUGGAAGAUUCUGGCAAACGUCAGACAAAGAAGACCGAAAGGCCAGUUAGCUUGCACAGACGAGACUUCGAAUUCAAAUUCACUGUCGGUAAAUUGCGCGGCUCGCUAUUCAGAGCUGACCCCAGAGACGAGAACCCUGACCAAUUGUUGGUGGAGCUGGUGGCGGAAGGCUUCGAACUGGACUAUUACACGCGGGCAUAUGACAUGGUAGCUGAAUUGCUUCUCAAAUCUCUGAGCGUAGAUGAUCAUAUUGAAGAAAACCCAGCUCCCGAGUUCAAGCAGAUCAUCUCUUCGAAGGGGUUCAACGCAGAGGAAGACAAGGACUUGUUCAAUCUGAAACUUGUUCGUGUCAAACCAGAGUCUCCGGAAUUCGAAUCGACCUUCGAAGGCAUUAAUACGAAUCUGGACAUCGCCGUCUCUACGAUCAAUGUCAUCGUUACCAGGAAAACACUUCUCACGCUUUUGGACUUCAUUUUGCUCACGUUCACUAACCCUGAUCAGCCAAAAGCUGCUCCGCAACAAGCAGACAGCGCUGUUGAGAACGUCCCUCAAGAAGAGCAGCAGCCACAGCAAGCCGGGAAGAUUCGUAUCAAGUCGAACCUCAAGAGUAUUGCGCUGAUCCUCAACAAUGAUGGGGUUAGACUGGCGACGCUGAGUUUGAACACUGCGGAUGUCGGCAUUUUCUUGGUUGGCCGGACUAUGCAAAUCCAGUCUCGGAUUGGAAGCUUGACAUUGAUCGACGAUGUGAACACGGGUGCUUCAGACGAUUCGGCUCUUCGCAGACUCCUAACGAUUGAGGGAGAGGAUUUCGCCGACUUUAAGUAUCAAACAUUUGAUCCCGAGACGGAAGAUUACCCUGGCUACGACUCGGAGGUCUUUUUGAGAUCUGGCUCUAUCAAGAUCAACUUCCUAGAGGAGCCUUACAGGAAGAUCGUCAAUUUCCUGGUGAAAUUUGGCAAGAUGCAAGCAAUAUUUAACGCAGCCCGUCAAGCUGCGGCCAACCAAGCGAACCAGUUACAGGAGAAUGCCUCGCGCAUGCGAUUUGAUAUAGUUGUUAGGACCCCGAUCCUUGUUUUCCCCCAAGUCAUGAAAGAUGACCGCCCACGGGAUACGAUCACUGCUCAUCUGGGUGAGAUCUAUGCCAGCAAUACCUUUGUUCCCUUAGAUGACCGCAAAGGUAGCCCUGCUGUCAACAUGAUAUCUACGGGAAUUCGCAAUAUUUGCCUCACAUCUGCUUUCCAUUUCGAGGAUGGAACAAGCGAAGAGCUGGAGAUGAUCCAGAAGGUCAACCUGGAUUUCAGUGUAUGUUAUCUCGAACAUCAGCCAAACCAGCCGCGUCCAGAUAUCGAAGCGGAAGGGUCUAUGUCUCCGAUAAAUCUCAGGAUAUCGCAAACCCAGCUCAAGUUCCUGCUGGAAAUUUUCAAAUCAGUACCGGGAGCUUUCACCCCAGAUAGUGAGCAACAGGAACUUGAAGCUAUGCAGGCUCUUCCACCGGCAACGACAGAGCCAGUCAGAGCUUCCUCCGAAGCCAAAGAGAAGUCGAAGCUGACCCACCAGGCGCCUGAGAUUGACUCGGACAAGGAAACAUGGGUGAAACUUGACAUGAUAUUCAAGGUCGAUAGCAUCGGCCUAGAAUUGAUCCAGGCCCAGGAAAACCAGCCUGUUGGUCGACUGGAAGAUUCCAGUCUAUCAAAGUUCUCAUUGAACGACACGAGGGUCAAAGUACGCAUGCUGAGUGACGGGGCUUUGGAGUCAGAGCUCCUGAUCCAUUCAUUUUCGAUCAGAGACAGCCGCGCGCAAGAGACCAACAAGUUCAGGAAAAUCAUGUCUCUCAUCAACAAUGAUGUCCAGCAACAAUUUAUGGCGAACAUCUCAAUGUCUCCCGGGCCUGAUAAACAUCUUAUUGUCAUGACCACCAUUGAUAGUCCGCGCAUUAUAUUCGCAUUGGACUACUUGGUUGCUCUUCAGUCGUUUGCAAAUGCGGCAUUUGCGACAGAGGCGCCGAUGGAGGUCGAGGGGGUUGAUGAAACCUCGGAGUCUGACACUACCUCGAGUGUCGCUGCCAGUAGAGACAGGUCUUCUGCAGUUUCGUCGGGUCAAGAUACUGCGCCAAAAGAAGGCCAGAUGACAGUCUCAUUUAGAGCCGACAUUGUCGAUGCUCAGGUCAUUCUGAUCGCGAACCCCACUAUCGCGAAUACGGAAGCUAUUGUCCUAGGCACGAAGCAGAUACUUUUCUCCCACCAGAAUGUCUCGACUCUGCAGAUCAACAAGGUUGGCAUGUUCCUUUGUCGCAUGGACAAGUUUGAAACCAGUAGGCUCCGGAUCCUGGAUGACUUUACCCUUGAAAUGUCCCUGGAUAGCCGCCCCCAAGAAAAAGGAUCGACAAUGACCAAUAUCGACGUGCAUGUUGAACCCCUGAUCCUGCGGUUGUCACUUCGAGAUAUUCUUAUUGCCACCCAGAUCAUGAACAAGGUAUCUGAAAUGACCACGCGGAGCACGCAAGCCCGAAAGGGCGAUGAGCCAAAGAAAAUCAAGGAGAUCAAGGGUGAUGAUGCGAAAUCUUCAAAGGGACGAACCGCUGGAGCCAAGCAGAAGUCGACAGAUGUUGCUUCAAGAGGGAGCCAAGUCCGCGCUGACGUGUUCGCUCCCGAGCAAAGGCUUGCACCUCAACAAUCAGCAAUCAUUAAACGGGAAGAGCUCAGCGCUCAGAUUGACGGCAUCAGAGUUAUUCUCAUAGGUGACUUGCACGAAUUGCCAUUGCUUGAUUGGAGUGUCAAGAAAUUCAACGUCGAUGUCCGAGACUGGUCCUCGACCAUGAAUGCAGAUACCAGCUUUGAUACCUUCAUCAACGUGUACAACUUUUCAAAGUCGGCUUGGGAACCUUUAAUUGAACCUUGGCAACUUGGGUUCCACAUGGCCAAAGAAUUGAAUCCGGAUAUUCUAUCGAUAGAGGCCUAUUCCCACAAGACACUGGAGCUGACGGUCACUUCUGCGACUAUAGCCCUUGCAUCGAAGUCGCUCCAAGUCCUGUCUACUGAUGAGGAUGUUCUUUCCAAACCAAGAGGUGCUGAUGCUCCUUAUCGGAUUCGCAACUAUACCGGCUUUGACCUUCAUGUGUGGGCAGAUGUCGGGACCGAAGAGGGCGGACCAGCAGCGAAACUCAGCGAUGGUGAGGAAUAUCCAUGGCGUUUCGAAGAUCCUACCGCCAUGCGUGAGAAUCUUACGCCCGAAGGCAACGCGGGUCUGGUAGGUGUCAAGCUUGAAGGAAGCGGCUUCGAUAGUGUCAACCGUAUUCCUGUCAUUCGGGAAGGUGAAACACUGUACAACCUUAAGCCGAGGAAAGACAAGGUCCUGCAUAAGUUGCUUGUCGAUGUCAGGUUGGGUACAGACAACGUCAAGUAUAUAACGUUCCGCUCUCCCUUGCUCGUCGAGAACAAUACCCAAAUACCGGUUGAGCUGGGUGUGUUUAGCCCUGACGAAGGUCAUCUUCUGAAGAUCGAGAAGAUCCUCCCUGGUGACGCUCGCCCUGCACCAGUUGGAUCCGCGUAUUUACAUCACCUCCUUGUUCGGCCCGAUCAAGGGUUCGGAUAUGACUGGUCCAACGAACAGCUCUUCUGGAAGGACCUCUUGCGGCGACCGACGCGAACCAUCACAUGUCUGAGUGAAAAUGGGCAACAGUCUCCUCCUUUCUACUUCCAGAUGAAUGCAUCUUACGACAAGAACGACCCUCUCACCAAUCAUUAUCCACACAUGAAGAUUCGGAUUUCAGCCCCUGUCGAGAUCCAAAAUCUGCUUCCAUAUGACUUUAAAUAUCGCAUCUACGACAAGAACACAAGGAAGGAUUGGACCAAUUUCUUGCGGAAGGGUGGAGUCAGUCCCGUGCAUGUCGUCGAGCUGUCACAUUUGCUCCUUCUCAGCAUCGAUUUACAGGACACAGUAUUCAAGCAAAGUGACUUCGCCAUUAUCAAUGGCAAUGCGCAAGAUUUCAGAAGAGAGGAUGUCCUGUCAUUGAAGGACGAGCGGGGCAUACAAUUGAAAUUAAAGCUGCACUAUUACAAUGUUCCUGAUAGUGGCGGCGCUUUCAAAGUCAGCGUGUACAGUCCGUAUCUGAUACUUAACAAGACGGGGCUGAGUAUGGAAAUUCAAAGCAAGGGUUUCCUCCAGUCCGCAAGGUCAUCAGCGGGGCAAGGAAUCAAUACCGACCCGAACGGUGGACGGGCGCUCCCGUACAUGUAUUCUUAUCCCACAGAUGACCCGAAAAACCGAUCUAUUCUGAAGGUCGGCGACUCAGCCUGGAGCAAACCGCAGAGUUUUGAUGCGAUUGGCAGUACAUUCGAGGUUGUACUCCCUUCAAGAACAAGCAGAUCGGAAUUCCACGCUGGAGUGUCCGUCACAGAAGGAGAGGGCAAGUACAAAUUGACAAAGGUUGUCACGGUUGCCCCCAGGUUCAUCCUCAAAAAUAAAUUAAGCGAGGAUCUCCUCGUUAGAGAACCUGGCUCGUCCAACGUUAUUGCUAUGAGAGCCGGCGAUCUAGUGCCUCUUCGCUUUUUGCGUCAGGUCCCAGAGAAGCAGCUAUGUCUGUGUUUCCCAGGCGUCAAUAACCAAUGGUCGUCUCCUUUCAACAUCGUCGAUGUGGGCACGAUACAUGUAAAACUCGCCAAAGCAAAUCAGCGACAGCGACUUAUCAAAGUCGAGAUCGUCAUGGAAGGAGCAACGCUGUUCCUUCACUUCAGCAUGGAGACUAAGCAUUGGCCAUUCUCUAUGCGUAAUGAGAGUGACAUGGAAUUCAUGUUCUUCCAAUCUAAUCCCAACGUCGAGGAAGAUGAGGAAGAGACCACCAGUGGGUGGCGGCCAAUUCGUUACCGGCUGCCACCUCGGAGCAUCAUGCCAUAUGCCUGGGACUAUCCAGCUGCGAAGAACAAGUCUCUCGUGCUGACCUGCAACGGGAAGGAAAGACAUAUCAAACUUGCCGAAAUUGGAAACCUGAUUCCUAUGAGAGUUCCUGCCAACGGAGGUCAAAAGAUCAUUGACCUCAAUAUAGUUGCUGAUGGGCCUACUCAGACAUUGGUUCUUUCUAACUUCAAACAAUCCAAGAGCCUUUACAGACAGCAGAAGGCACAGACGUCUCAAACAAGCGUUGCGUCGGGCUUUGAAGUCAAAGAGGAAAAUUCGGACGUCACUUUCAAAGCUCAGCUCCGCUUAGGUGGUGUGGGCAUAUCUUUGAUCAAUCAGACCAUGAAAGAACUGCUUUAUUGCACUUUCCGCGAAAUCGAGCUCAAGCUGCGGGAGUCCAUGGUAUAUCAGACGCUGAAUAUGACAAUAAAGUGGAUACAGAUCGACAACCAGCUAUACGGAGGCAUCUUCCCGAUUCUCUUGUACCCGAGUGUGGUCCCUAAAACUGGUAAGGAGAUGGAGGCGCAUCCUAUAUUCCAGGCCAUGGUCACGCGGGUGAAGGAUGAUUCGUACGGUGUGCUGUACAUCAAGUAUGCCACAGUGCUUCUCCAGCAGAUGACUCUGGAGUUGGACGAAGACUUUGUAUUUGCCAUGAUCGAAUUUGCGAAAGUGCCAGGUGCUUCAUGGUCUGAGGAGCAAGAAGGGAAGCUUUGCGAUGAGAGCCUGGACAUUCCGGAGCCGAAAUACGAAGACGCUGGCCAUGACGUCUAUUUCGAGCUCCUGCACUUGCAACCCAUGCAGGUGGACAUUUCUUUCAUGCGUACGGAGCGGGUAAACGCUGAAGACAAACUGCAGCCGUCAAACCCAUUCAUGUUCUUCGUCAAUGUGAUGACAAUGUCCAUCGGAAACGUGAAUGACGCGCCAAUCCGCUUGAACGCACUGAUGCUUGAGAAUGCUAGGGUCUCCAUUCCCUUGCUUAUUUCCAAUAUCCGAAAGCACUAUACCCAGGAAUUCCUUCGCCAGAUCCAUGUCGUCAUCGGGUCCGCUGAUUUCCUUGGAAAUCCUGUAGGCCUGUUUAACAACAUCAGCUCCGGUGUGGCGGACAUUUUCUACGAGCCAUACCAGGGACUGGUCGUUACAGACCGGCCGCAGGAACUGGGUUAUGGCAUCGCCAAGGGUGCCAGCAGCUUCAUCCGCAAAUCGGUGUUCGGUUUCUCCGACAGUAUGGCGAAGAUCACAGGAAGCAUGUCCAAGGGACUUGCAGCGGCCACCCUCGACAAGGAAUUCCAGGAUCAGAGGCGCAUGUCAAAGGCGCGGAACAGACCGAAACAUGCACUUUACGGCAUCACCUCUGGCGGCAACGCAUUCGCAGCCAGCUUGGCUAGUGGUAUUGGGGGCUUAGCCCGCCAUCCACUUCAGGGCGCAGAGAAGGAAGGCUUCCAAGGGUUUAUGAAAGGCGUUGGUAAGGGCGUACUGGGAGUCGUCACCAAGCCGGCUAUUGGAGCCUUUGAUCUUGCUUCCAAUCUUGCGGAGGGUGUUCGAAACACUACCACUGUUUUCGAUUCAGAAGGCUUGGACCGCGUCCGACUUACCCGGUUUAUCGGCAUGGACGGCAUUGUGCGACCUUAUUCUCAGCGCGAAGCUCUCGGACAAUUCUGGCUCAAGACCACGGAUGACGGCAAGUAUUUCAACGAAGACUACAUCGCGCAUCUUGAGCUCCCGGGGCGGGAUAUGCUGGUGAUGUUGACGUACGACCGGAUCAUGCUCGUGCGCUCGCAGAAGCUUCGCACCGAGUGGGAUAUCAAGCUCACAGACAUCCAAACGAUCUCCAAAGAGCGGACAGGGAUGAGCAUCACACUGAAGGGAGGUGCCAAUGGGCCAUUUAUUCCGGUCCAGGACGAAAGUUCCAGGAAUUGGCUAUAUAAGCAGAUUGCCAUAGCCGUGAACGCGUUCAAUGAGAAAUACAAUGCGAAGGGCUAA